AUGUUUAAGCUCGUCUCAUUGAUUGUCGUUGUUUUGGCGGCAAUUACUUUUGCCAAAGAAGAUGCCGGUGGAAAGAAAAAAGAAGAUGUUGGUACCGUCAUCGGUAUCGAUCUUGGUACUACAUACUCAUGUGUGGGAAUAUUUAAAAAUGGUCGUGUAGAAAUCAUUGCUAACGAUCAAGGCAAUCGUAUUACACCGUCGUAUGUUGCAUUUACUGCUGAAGGUGAACGUUUAAUUGGUGAUGCUGCUAAAAAUCAAUUGACUUCCAAUCCUGAGAACACAGUUUUCGACGCUAAGCGUCUUAUUGGUCGUGAAUUCAAAGAUCCAAGCGUACAAUCCGAUAUCAAACAUUUUCCAUUCACUGUUAUUGAACGAAAAAACAAACCAACGAUUUCCAUCAGCAUUGGUUCAGAACAAAAGUUCUUUGAACCGGAAGAGAUUUCUGCUAUGGUACUUGGUAAAAUGCGUGAAAUUGCUGAAGCCUACCUUGGUCAUAAAGUCACACAUGCUGUUGUCACUGUUCCAGCUUACUUCAACGAUGCUCAACGUCAGGCAACCAAAGAUGCUGGUACCAUCUCGGGCUUAAAUGUCAUGCGUAUUAUCAAUGAACCAACAGCCGCUGCAAUUGCUUAUGGUCUCGAUAAGAAGGAAGGAGAAAAGAAUAUUCUUGUUUUCGAUUUGGGUGGUGGUACUUUUGAUGUUUCAUUAUUAACCAUUGACAAUGGUGUGUUCGAAGUCGUUGCAACCAACGGUGAUACACAUUUGGGUGGUGAAGAUUUCGAUCAACGUGUUAUGGAACACUUCAUCAAAUUAUUCAAAAAGAAAACCGGCAAAGAUGUUCGAAAAGAUAACCGUGCCGUACAAAAACUCCGACGUGAAGUUGAAAAGGCUAAACGAACAUUAUCUUCACAACAUCAAACUAAGAUUGAAAUCGAAUCAUUCUUUGAUAAUGAAGAUUUUAGUGAAACAUUAACUCGUGCCAAAUUCGAAGAGCUCAACAUGGAUCUCUUCCGAUCGACAAUGAAACCUGUUCAAAAAGUAAUGGAAGACGCUGAUUUGAAGAAAAGCGAUAUUGCUGAAGUCGUUCUCGUCGGUGGUUCAACACGUAUUCCAAAAGUUCAACAAUUAGUGAAAGAGUUCUUUGAUGGCAAAGAACCGUCACGUGGUAUCAAUCCUGACGAAGCUGUUGCCUACGGUGCCGCUGUUCAAGCUGGUGUUCUUUCAGGUGAAGAAAACACUGGUGAUCUCGUUUUACUCGAUGUCAAUCCAUUGACAAUGGGUAUCGAAACUGUCGGUGGUGUGAUGACAAAAAUUAUUCCACGUAAUACAGUCAUUCCAACAAAGAAGAGUCAAGUCUUCUCGACUGCUGCCGACAAUCAACCAGUCGUCACCAUUCAAGUUUUCGAAGGUGAACGUCCGAUGACCAAAGAUAAUCAUGUCUUAGGCAAAUUUGAUCUAACUGGUAUCCCACCUGCGCCACGAGGUGUUCCUCAAAUUGAAGUGACCUUCGAAAUCGAUGUCAACGGUAUUCUCAAAGUCACUGCUGAAGAUAAAGGAACAGGAAAUAAGAACAAUGUCGUAAUCAAUUCAAAUACGAAUCGUUUAUCACCCGAUGAAAUCGAACGUAUGAUCAAGGAUUCGGAAAAAUUCGCCGAAGAAGAUAAAAAAGUGAAAGACCGUGUUGAUGCUAAGAACGAACUCGAAUCAUAUGUUUAUUCAUUAAAAACCCAAAUUGCUGAUAAAGAUAAACUCGGUGGCAAACUCUCCUCAGACGAGAAAUCCGCAAUCGAAAAAGAAAUCGACGCAAAAAUCAAAUGGCUCGAUGAAAAUCAAGCAUCCGCCGACGUCGACGACUUCAAAGAACAAAAGAAAGCAAUCGAAGAGGUCGUCACACCAAUCAUGACAAAACUCUAUCAAGGUCAACAACCACCACCGGGCGGUGACGUUCCACCUACUGGCGACGAAGGAAACAAAGACGAAUUGUAA